AUGGCCCGCGCGGUCUCCCUGGCGGCGCUCUCCUUCCUUCUCCUCCUCGCCGCCGCCGCCGCCGCCGCCGCCGCCGCCGGAGCUCCAGAGGACCCAAUUUAUUCUGGCGAAUUGGUUAGCACAGACUGGAGUAGGCAACCCAACUUCAAACUGCACAAUUUCUCCUUGCAUCAAGAGGAUGGCUUUCAGCUACUGAGCAGGCCAGCAGACGCAACUCGCAGGAAAUUGAGGGAGAGAACUGGUGUAAGAAAGAAAAUGGAAGUAGUGCAGCAGGAUGAUGAAGCCCUAGUUAAACUUGAGAAUGCAGGUAUUGAGCGUUCAAAAGCCGUUGAUUCUGCUGUGCUGGGAAAAUAUAGCUUAUGGAGGCGUGAAAAUGAAAACGACAAGGCAGAUUCGAAUGUCCGUCUGAUGCGGGAUCAAAUGAUCAUGGCCAGAAUAUACACUGUGCUUGCCAAGUCCAGGGAUAAGCUCGAUCUUUAUCAGGAGCUGCUCUCCAGGAUCAAGGAAAGCCAGCGCUCCCUUGGGGAAGCUACCGCUGAUGCUGAACUUCCCAGAAGUGCUUCUGAGAGAGCAAAAGCAAUGGGUCAAGUUUUAUCAAAAGCAAGAGACCAGUUGUAUGACUGCAAGCAAAUUACCCAGCGUUUAAGAGCAAUGCUUCAAUCAGCUGAUGAGCAGGUCCGGAGCUUGAAGAAGCAGAGCACCUUCCUCAGCCAGUUGGCAGCAAAGACAAUCCCAAAUGGCAUCCAUUGCUUGUCCAUGCGCUUAACGAUAGACUAUUACCUUCUCUCUCCAGAGAAAAGAAAGUUCCCCAAGAGUGAGAAUCUGGAAGAUCCUGAUCUUUAUCACUAUGCUCUUUUUUCGGACAAUGUUCUGGCAGCAUCAGUUGUGGUCAACUCAACCAUCAUGAAUGCAAAGGAGCCUGAGAAACAUGUGUUCCAUCUUGUUACUGACAAACUGAACUUUGGGGCAAUGAACAUGUGGUUUCUGUUGAAUCCACCUGGGGAUGCCGCAAUCCAUGUUGAGAAUGUGGAUGACUUCAAGUGGUUAAACUCUUCGUACUGCCCUGUUUUGAAGCAGCUUGAGUCCGCAGCCAUGAAAGAGUACUACUUCAAGGCGGAUCGUCAAAAAACUCUCUCUGCUGGUUCUUCUAAUCUGAAGUACCGAAACCCAAAAUAUCUGUCCAUGCUCAAUCAUUUGAGAUUUUACCUCCCACAAGUCUAUCCUAAGUUGAAUAAGAUCCUUUUCCUUGAUGAUGACAUUGUGGUCCAGAAAGAUUUGACUGGACUUUGGGAGGUUGAUCUUAAUGGGAAUGUUAAUGGUGCUGUGGAAACAUGUGGGGAGAGUUUCCACCGUUUCGACAAGUACCUCAAUUUUUCAAACCCAAAUAUUGCCCAGAAUUUUGAUCCAAAUGCGUGUGGUUGGGCUUAUGGAAUGAAUAUGUUUGAUCUGGAAGAAUGGAAGAAGAAGGACAUUACUGGGAUUUACCAUAGAUGGCAGACCAUGAAUGAAAACAGGCUGCUGUGGAAACUGGGGACACUUCCACCAGGUCUUAUGACUUUCUACAAGCUGACGCACCCUCUGGACAAAUCAUGGCAUGUGCUUGGAUUAGGAUACAACCCAACCGUUGAGCACUCAGAAAUCGACAGCGCCGCUGUCAUCCACUACAAUGGAAACAUGAAACCCUGGCUAGAGAUUGCGAUGACAAAGUACCGGCCUUACUGGACAAAGUACAUCAAUUACGAGCAUUCCUUUGUCCGCGGGUGCAAGAUCAGUCAAUAGACAGUAGCUAGAGAAGCAUUCUUCCCUGAUGAGCAUUUGGAAUCACUUUGACGGGACUACGAAAGGAAGUGUUCCUGCUGGUAGUACAGUUAUAGUACAUGUUCGUCGCUCGUGUUAUUAGAUUUGUUUGGUAUUUUCUACUGUAUGUAGCUUCCUCCCUCCCA